GAACCUGCACGGCAAACACAAGUUAUGAUACUCGGGAGGAGCCGGAUGGGUCCUUGACAACACGACGUAUCUUUUUGAAACCGGAAGCCAAACAGCCUCCGCUUGCGUCCGCUUGAGCCAAAUUCAGCCUGUUUGUUCAUUUUAAGCGAAAAGAUGUUGUCUAUAUUCAAGAGCAUUCCAACGCACAUGGACUAUAAAGGCCAGAAGCUGGCUGAACAGAUUUUCCAAGGAAUAAUACUCAUCUCAGCAGUGAUUGGAUUCGUGUAUGGUCUGAUCAUUGAACAGUUCGGGUGGACAGUGUACAUAGUCUUGGGUGGUUUUGCAAUUUCCUGUGUGUUGACCCUGCCUCCAUGGCCUAUGUACAGACAGAAUCCUCUAGCCUGGCAGCCAGCUUUACCAGAGAUCAGCGGGGAGCCCAGCCAAAAACCUCAGGAAAGUCUCAAGAAGAAGAAGCACAAAUAACUCAGAACCAUCCCUGCCUGGCUGUUAAUACAUCCUUUUUAUAUUGGAGAUUAUUUUGAAUUUUGUCCCACAGGUCACAUUUGAAGCAUUCUUGAAGAAAACACCAUUACAGUGUUUGAUCAGUCAUUAAAUACUUGUGUCCAAAUAAUAAACAUCUGAUACUGUC